AUGGAUUACUUCAUUCCCAUGAAGGUAUUACCUGAGAUGGAAAAGGUCACCACUGGGAGCCCACCUGGCUCACCCGGUGAAUUCCUCGCUAGUAAACAAUACUCCCAUUGUCUUUCCUCGUUCAUUGCUCACAGAGCCACGCCUGUUGGCCAGCAGCCGCUGCCCAAACUCACCUUCUUCGAAGGAAUGAAGAGAAAGAAGAAACACAGAAAGCUGGAAGCACGUGACCGGCGAAUAUUGGACCUCUGCGGGACUGGGGUCCGCGCCUCCGAGCUCCCCUCCGCACCUGCCGGUUUAACAGCACGCUCUGUGGCUGCGCGUUACCUAGGAAAACUGCCGAGCGCCCAGUGGAGGAAGCGCGGGAGAACUGCAAGCGGACUGAAGAUUCUUGCCCUCCCCCCAGCCCUUCUCCACACCCCCAGGGAAUCAGAUCCUACGUCCCAAUCUUCCGUGGCUGCUCGCUGGUCCGAGGAUCAAGUUCAGCAUCCUUUACGUGGCGUUCCAGGCCCUCCACGUUCCGACCCCUGCUCUGUGCACCGGCUUCCACCUCUUACCGUGGGACCACGGGCGGCGUCUGGUGCGCCUCGGGCCUCGAAGCCAGCCGCCGCCGGGGACCUCGACUUCCUCCUUUGGGGGCCGGCGCGCGGGGUUGGGCGGGGCGGGCGACGCCCCCGCCGGGCUGGGCUCCCGGCCGCCCCAAUGGGAUUCGGUGCGGGGCGGCGGCUGCGCCCAGUCCCGGCGGCGUGCUCGGCCGCGGAGGAGGCGGCCCGGCAGGGGCAGCGGAGGCGCUGCGCUCGCCUAGGGGAGGCCGAGCGUGCCAAGCUGGCGCCCGGCGGGGCCAUGGUGGCCGGCGCCCGCGGCCUCCUGGCCCUUCUGCUUGUGGUCUCCGCCCCGCUCCGGCUGCAGGCGGGCGAGCUGGGUGAUGGCUGUGGGCACAUAGUGACCUAUCAGGACAGUGGCACAAUGACGUCUAAGAAUUAUCCAGGGACUUACCCCAAUCACACGGUUUGUGAAAAGACCAUCAGAGUACCAAAAGGGAAGAAGCUGAUUCUGAGGUUAGGCGAUCUGGAUAUCGAAUCCCAGACCUGUGCUUCUGACUACCUUCUCUUCACCAGCAAUUCCGAUCAGUAUGGACCAUAUUGUGGAAGUAUGCCUGUUCCCAAGGAACUCCUAUUGAACACGAACGAAGUCACUGUUCGCUUUGAGAGUGGAUCCCACAUUUCAGGGCGGGGAUUUUUGCUGACCUAUGCCAGCAGUGACCAUCCAGAUUUAAUAACGUGCUUGGAACGCGCUAACCAUUAUUUGAAAACAGAAUACAGCAAAUUCUGCCCAGCUGGUUGUCGAGACAUAGCAGGAGACAUUUCUGGGAAUCUGGUGGAUGGAUACAGAGAUACCUCGUUAUUGUGCAAAGCCGCCAUCCAUGCAGGAAUAAUUGCAGACGAGUUGGGCGGUCAGAUCAGUGUGCUUCAGCACAAAGGGCUAAGUCGCUAUGAAGGAAUCCUGGCCAAUGGUGUGCUCUCAAGAGACGGUUCCCUGUCCGACAAGCGAUUUCUCUUUACCUCCAACGGUUGCAGCAGAUCAUUGAGUUUGGAACCUGACACACAGAUCAGAGCUUCUUGGCAGUGGGUCAGUGAGAUGGGAGAACAAGUUCACUGGUCUCCUGGCCAAGCCCAAGUUCAGGGCCAAGACCUGUCAUGGGCUUCGGGGGACAGUGGCAAGAACCGUAAACAGCGCGAGUGGCUGGAGACCGAUUUGGGAGAGAAAAAGAAAAUAACGGGAAUUAUGACCACAGGAUCCACACAGUCGAAUUUCAACUUCUAUGUUAAGAGUUUCGUGAUGAAGUUCAAAAACAGCAACUCCAAGUGGAGGACCUAUAAAGGAAUUGCGAGUAAUAAAGAAAAGGUGUUUCAGGGCAACUCUAAUUUUCGGGAUCCAGUGAGGAAUAAUUUCAUCCCUCCCAUCGUGGCCAGAUACGUGCGGGUUGUCCCCCAGACGUGGCACCAGAGGAUAGCUUUGAAAGUGGAGCUCUUUGGCUGCCAGGUCACACAAGGUAAUGAGUCAUUGGUGUUGCGUAAAACAAGUCCAAACACUGUCAGUUCCACUGAAAGAGAAGAUGAGACGAUCACAGAAUCCAUCCCCUCUCCGGAAAUGCCCACAGGAAUAAACAUCACAGCUGUUGCUAUUCCACUGGUGCUCCUUGCCGUGCUGCUUGCUGGAAUGGGAAUCUUUGCAGCCCUCAGAAAGAAGAAGAAGAAAGGAAAUCCAUAUGGAUCAGCUAAGGCCCAGAAAACAGACUGUUGGAAGCAGAUCAAAUAUCCCUUUGCCAGACAUCAGUCCGCUGAGUUCACCAUCAGCUAUGAUAAUGAAAAGGAAAUGACGCAAAAGUUAGAUCUCAUCACAAGUGAUAUGGCAGAUUACCAGCCGCCGCUCAUGAUUGGCACCGGGACCGUGACCAGGAAGGGCUCCACCUUCCGCCCGAUGGACACCGAGGCGGACGAGGCGGCGCCCAGCGCCGAGGCCGGCAGCCACUACGACUGCCCCCUUCCGACCGGCCGCCACGAGUACGCCCUACCCUUGACCCACCCCGAGCCCGAGUACGCCACGCCCAUCGUGGAGCGGCACGCGGCGCGGGCGCACGCCUUCUCGGCGCAGAGCGGCUACCGCGCGCCGGGACCCGGGCCGGCGCACGCGCAAACGCACGCGCACGCGCUCCCGGCCGGCGGCGCGUCGUACCAGACGCCGCCGCGCCCCGCGCCCGCAGCCGGGCGCCGGGGCUACGAUCAGCCCAUAGCCGGCGGCCCGGCCGCGGAGCGCGCCCACCCCGACUACCAGGAGCCGCGGGCGAAGCCGGCCGCCCGCGCCGCCUACGCGGCCCCCCGAGACUGCCUCCAACCCCUCAGCCCCACAGCCAUGACCGCUCUCUUGUGA